GUGAAAUACCCAGACAGCACCGGGAGCAUUCUUCUGGCUAAGUUUUUGUUGGAAUUGUAGCUUCAUUACUAAAUAAAUCUGUAGAAAAUAUGUACAGUUAUAUUAAGUUGGGUUCGCCGGUUUUGAGAGCAAUUGCUGGACAUGGCCGACUUACAACCAUGCGCAACGCCAGCCCCACACUUGCAAAGAAUUGUGUUGCCAUGGUGAAUCCUACAAUUGAGAACAACAAUAUGCUUGUAGCCAGGUCAAUUCAAACCAGUGCAAAUGUUCGUGAUGUGGAGACUGCUGCCAAAUUUAUUGGAGCUGGUGCUGCUACAGUGGGAUGUGCAGGAAGCGGUGCUGGGAUUGGAACGGUUUUUGGCAGUCUUGUAAUUGGUUACGCCAGAAAUCCUUCCCUGAAGACACAGUUGUUUUCCUAUGCUAUGAUGGGCUUUGCUUUGUCAGAAGCUAUGGGGCUGUUCUGUCUUAUGAUAGCUUUCCUUAUUCUAUUUGCCUUGUAGACUGAAUGACAAUAUAGACUUUGUGAACACUAGCCUUGUUUUAAAAUGAUCGUGUUGACAAGAAGGUGAAUCUCAGUUUAAUACAGUUUCCUAAGUGUUUUGACCAAUAAAAAUAUUUGUUUAAAUUA